UCACCGCUGCUGAAGCUGUACCAAGCGGUGGGCUUGGUCAGGUGUUCCCAGAACCAAUAACGGCAUAAAUUUAUCUUGGAAAAUCGAUCGUAUUUAUUUUGACAGACAAAUAUAAAUCGAUAACAUGCUUCGAAGGAUACUUCAAAUGACUCCUGGGAAAGGAGGCUCCCAGAACACGGAGUCCGACCAGCCCACAGCGGACCUCAACAAUGACCAGACCUCUGAGGGGUUCAUCUGUCCGCAGUGCAUGAAGUCCCACAACUCCGCCGAGGAGCUGUUUAAACACUACGAACUGUAUCACGAUUCAGGAGAACAGCUGUCCAACCCGGCCCCUGGACGGGAAGACUUAAUGCUUCUCCGGCAAGAGUUGCAAGAACUGCAGACCUCCCUCAAGGAGGAGCGAUGGUUCUCUGGCGAGCUAAAGAAGGAGUUGGAUAAAGUGCAAGGACACCUGAAGCAAGCUCCACAGAAUGAGGGUCAGGCAGGCUCAGACGAUUCUGCCCUGGCGAUGAAGCUGAAUGAGGCGGAGACAGAGAAGUUCAACAUCAAGCAGAUGAAAGACUUGUUUGAGCAGAAAGCUGCCCAGCUGGCCACAGAGAUAGUGGACAUCAAGUCUCGUUAUGAUGAAGAGAAGAGCUUGCGGGAGGCUGCAGACCUGAGGUUAUCCAACCUUGCCCUGGAGCUGCAGGCAGAAAGGCAGGAGAAGGACAGGCUCUACACAGAACUGCUGCAGCGGCCGGGAGUGGAGGACGUGGAGGUUCUGCAGAAGGAGUUGGUCCAGGUUCAGACGCUGAUGGACAACAUGACACGCGAGAGGGAGGAGGAGUCGGAACGCCUAAAGAGCCAAUUCAGGCAGCUGCAGGCGGACCACACCACCUCAGAGAUCUGUAAACUGGAGAUGACCAUCUCCCAGCUGAAAGCGGAGCUGGAGAAGGGACCUCAGGAGGCAGCCGUGUACACCCAGCAGAUCCACCAACUCCAAAGCUCUGUCAACAACCUGCAGCAACAAAAUCAGAUGCUGUCAGAGAAACUGGGGCUCAAGGAGAAGGAUUUCCAGGAGCUGGAGGAGCGCCUGGGGACCCAGCAGGCCUCCAUGAAGUCCACCCAGGCCAGCCUUCACCAGAGAGAGCUGGAGGUCCAGGACCUCCAAGCCCGCGUGGCCGGUACGGAGGCAAGCCUCCAGAGAGCCCAGGCGGAGCGUGAGGAGGAGGCCAGGAGGCUCCGCAGGGAGCUGGCAGAACUGGAGACCAAGCACGGGGAGGUGAAGGCAGAGAGGAAGCAGCUGCAGCAGCAGAGGGAGGAGAGGGAGAGCCAGGGCCUGGCACAGCAGAGUGAGAUCAGCCAGCUGCAUGCCAAGCUGCUGGAGGCAGAGAGACAGCUGGGGGAGGUGCAGGGUCGUCUGAAGGAGCAGAGGCAGCUCUCUGGGGAGAAGCUGAAGGACCGUGAGCAGCAGGCUGCUGACUUACAGAUCAAACUAUCUCGCUUAGAAGAACAGUUGAAGGAGAACGGCAGUAAGACUUUAGACCUGCAGCACCAGCUGGAGAAGGCCAAGCAGCAGCACCAGGAGCUCCAGGGCCUGCAGCAGAACACCAACACCAAGCUCCGAGAGGCGCAGAAUGAUCUGGAGCAGGUGCUGCGUCAGAUCGGGGACAAGGACCAGAAGAUCCAGAACCUUGAGGCCCUGCUGCAGAAGAGCAAGGACAGCGUGAGCCAACUGGAGGCCGAGAGGGAGGACUUGGUGGCCAAGAUCCAGGCCGGUGAGGGAGAGACUGCUGUCCUCAACCAGCUACAGGAGAAGAACCACACGUUACAGACCCAGGUUACAGACUUGACAGACAAACUAAAAAACCAGUCAGAGAGCCACAAACAAGCCCAGGACAACCUCCACAAGCAGGUGCAGGAGCAAAAGACCCUCCUGCGGACCGCCCAGGACCGGGCCCAAGCUGUGGAGACCUCUCUGGCGGAGCUCACCACCCAGCUGACCGAGAGCAGGGAGAAAGUGUCCCAGCUGGACGCACAGCUGAAGGCUAAGACUGAGAUGUUGCUUUCGGCCGAGGCAGCUAAGGCAGCCCAGAGAGUCGACCUCGAGAACCACCUGGAAACGGCCCAGCAUGCACUGCAGGACAAGCAACAGGAGCUGAGUAAGAGCCAGGCGUGUGUGGAGGAGCAGAGCCGGAGGCUGCAGGAGAAACAGGAGCAGUGUUACCAGCUGGAUGCUAGUGUGAAAGAGGUCAAGGACAAACUACUGACCUCAGAACAGUGCAUAGAGCAGCUGGAGGCACGGGUCAAGGAAGCGGAGGCUGAGGUGGUGGAGCUGAGGGCUGCCAGGGAGCAGGCCCAGCGGGAUGUGCAGGAACUCCAGAAGCAGGGAUCCGAGUUCAAGGCCAAGUGUUUGGAGCUGGCUCGUCUAUUGGAGACUGAGAAGGCUGGGACUGCUGUGUUACAGGAGGAGCUUAAGAGAAAGACUGCCUCACUGAGCGAGACACGGCAACAGCUGGAGCUCUUAGGGCAGGAGAAGACUUCUCUCCAGGCCAACAUGGACAGGCUAUCCCAGGAGGGGCAGAAGCGGCACGCAGAGCUGGAAAGGAAGGCCCAGGGAUUUGCUGGGGACCUCCAGAAGGCCCAGCUGGAGAAGGAGGCCCUGGGGAAACAGCUGGUGGUGGUCAAGGACAGCCUGCAGAAGGCCUCCAGUGCCCUGUUGGAGAGUCAGACCCAACUGGACAAGGAGAAGAAGAACAGCAAGGCUGUUCUGGAGGAGAAGGAGAAGACUCAUGAGAAGGCCAGACAGGACCUGCUGAAGGUCACUCAGGACACCACCAAGGAGAUGACUGAGGUUAAAGGGCAGCUGGAGAAGAUGAAAGAGGCAGAGAAGGGGCUGAAGAUGCAGAUUACUGUAUUAACAGAGCAGCACACCAAGGCCAAGGAGGCCCUGAAAGAGAAGGAGAUGGCAUUGCAGGGGCUGCAGGCACAGCUAAACUCUGCCCAGGGCUCCUUCAGCAAAGAAAAGAAGCAGCUGGAGAGCCAAAUGGCUGAGCUUCAAGGAGCCCAUGACAAGAAGGCUGAGGAGGAGCGGGGUUUGAGGGAGCGGCUAUCAGGCUUAAGCCAGGAGUUGAAAGCUGAGAGGACCAGGACCGCGGAGCUCCAGAAGGUCCUGGAACAGAGCCAGGAGGCCAAGGCCAAGCUGCAGUCGGACUUCUACGGCAAGGAGUCUGAGGUGUCCUCCCUCAGACAGGACCUCCAGGUGUCUGAAGAGAAACUGACCCUGUCCCAGGAAGAGUUGGCUGCUAACUGGACCCAGCUGACUGGCCUGGAAGGGCAGUUACAGGAGGUGAAGGCUGCCCGGUCCUCCCUGGAGCAGGAGCUGGCCAAACGCGACCAGAGGCUGGUCCAGCAAGAGACAGCCCUCAAAGAGCAGCAAAAACAACAGGGUGUGACCCAAGCUGAGCUGCUGAAGGAGAGGAGCAGAGUGGAGGAGCUGAGCCAGUCUAAAGCUGCCCUGGAGAAGGACGCAGCCAGACUGGGCUCGGAGCUGAAGGCUCUCGGAGAGAGGAGUGAGAAGGAGAUACGGGAGUUGCGGGAGGCCAAGCAGCUGUUGAUCCAGCAGAAGCUGGAGGUGCAGGGCCGGGUGGAGAAAGCACAGGCAGACCUGGAGCAGGAGAAGACCCAGCACCAGGCCCACAUGGACACUUUUCUCCAGAAAGAGGAGAAGCUCCAGGCGGAGAGGCAGGAGGUCCAGGACCAACUGGCAUCAGAGCGGGCAGCCUGGCGGGAGCAGGCCAAGCAGAGAGAAGAAGCGGAGGCCAGGUUGGGCCUGCAGGUCACGGCGCUCAAUGAGAACGUGGCCACGCUGAAGAGGGAGUGGCAGGGGAGCCAGCGGCGUUGUGGUGAGCUGGAGAAGCAGACUGACGAGCUGCGCGGUGAGAUCGCUGUGCUGGAGGCCACCGUGCAGAACAACCAGGACGAGAGGCGAGCGCUGCUCGAGAGGUGUGUGAAAGGUGAGGGGGAGAUGGAAAAACUGCAGGCCAAAAUAGUGGAGAUGCGGAGGAAACUUGACGAUACCACUGCCGCCAUGCAGGAGCUGGGCAGAGAGAACCAGUCACUACAGAUAAAGCAAUCCCAGUCUCUGACCAGGAAGUGGGCGGAGGACCAUGAGGUACAGAACUGCAUGGCCUGUGGAAAGGGCUUCUCUCUUGCCAUCAGGAAGCACCACUGCAGACACUGUGGGAACAUCUUCUGCGCCGAGUGCUCCGCCAAGAACGCCCUCACACCCUCAUCCAAGAAGCCUGUGCGGGUUUGCGAGACAUGCUUUGAAGAUCUCCAAGGCUGAUAUCCCUUUGUCUCUGCCCCCCUCCACCCCCAGUGACUGCGUGUGUCUUUGUUUUCUAUUUGCAUUCUUACAAAAGCACUCUAAGAAACCAACACCUGUCUCUUUCUGUGACUUCAUGGACCUUUGGAACCAAACACACCGACUGAGUCGUAGAGGUGGAGCCUGGUGGUGGGAACGGUGCAGAAGCUGGGGGCCACAGUCGUUGUGGGUGCCGGUGGUGUUAGCCUGGGGGUUAGCUGGCGUCUCCACCACCAAGACCGGGGGGCAUAAUGAAGCACGGGGAGACAUGCCGGAGUUAAGGGCCUUAAUGACACAGGCCAAAUGUGUAUAGUGCCUUCGCCACUUGUGAUGCCAACUGUCUGGGUCGGUCAGGGAACGGUAAUGGGGAGUUACCAGUCGUCUUUACUCCGCAUGUCUAGCUGGCAUCUUUAACUUCUGGUCAGAAGGUGGUUAACAGUAAGUCAUGAUGGAUGGAAAUGGUUUGUGAAGGCAGGUGAAAAACGGGUGUACCGAACCGGUUGAGUUGUUUCAAUGAAAUAAGAUAGUAAGUUGUUGAAUGCUUGAACGUGGUGGUUCUUGUUUUAAAAGUAUUUUGUUCAUGACCAAAGAAUGUCCUAACUGGAGGAGUCUAACCGUCCUUGGUGGUAGGCUAUGAGGUAAAACGGAAAGCCUCUUUAGCGUCAUUUUCAUUCAAUACAUUUUUAAAUAUAACAAAGUAUUAUUUUUUCCGUUGUAACAUUUUACCACAAAUUCAGACAUCCUUGAAGAUGUGGCUGGUAUUCAUAAUGUAUAUCCGAUUUAGUUUUUUGUUUCAGUGCUGCUCAUCUUUUUACAAAAUGUAAUAACAUUUUUUUUCAGCGUCCUAUCUUGAAAACAAGAAAUGUAAACUACUUGGGGUGCUUUAUCUUUUCUUCAUGAGUGCAGACAUGGGGAGAUCCAUGUGGUUCCAUGUGCUGUUUUCGGUCGCCUGUAUCACAGUCAACAUCACGACUGCUGCUAGAGUUGUGCAUGUGCUCUGCUUUGAAGCAAUAAGUGUGUGUUUGUGCGUGCGUGCGUGCGUGCGUGCGUGCGUUUGCGCGCGAUACAUUCUUGUAUUUUCGUGUGAUGGUGUGUGUGAAACUAUAGCAGUGGUUUUCAACGAGUGGUCUGGGUGGUACUACGGGUAGUCUGCUCAUUUUUAUUAAUAAGUGAUAUCCAAAACAUUUACAUCUUCCAAAUAUAAUGACAGUUGGUAAUAUUGGUAGUACAAGCAAUUUUACAAAUCCCAAUGUUUUUAUAAUAAUAAUUGGUCUUGAAAUCAAUACCACAUUGAAAUGCCAGGAUAUUUCAUGUUAAGUUCUGAAUGGUUGUAAUCGUUUUGGUGCUCUUUGGAACAAGGAAGUUGGAGAACCACUGCUCUGUGGUGUGCAUUGUAGCAGUUGAACCGUUCUCUGAUGCUUUGUGCGUGGUAUUGUUGAUUUUACAGCUUAUCAAAUGGAACUGAUAUGAUUCUACCCUUCCUAAAAAGAUUGCAGUUUAGAGUACAGUAUAACUGCUCUUCAAGAAGUAUGCAAUUACUGUGUCCAAAAUGGCACAGUGAACUGCAUUUACUGCCACAGUCAACUGAAGUUUUUUAAGGGAAACUAUUUAAGUGUUUUGUCUUGCUGAUAUGCCCUUAAUACUAAUUGAACUACUCCUGCUCUGUGUAGUUAAUCUGUAGAAAACAGUACAGGCUUGCAGUCAUGCUUUUCUAAGUGACUUGUUUGUGAGACUUGGUUGCUUCUGUCUUUUGGGUUUAUAUCUGGCUAGCUGUUUGGCUAACUGUUGGUUAGCCAAACAGCUAGCUCCGGGGUGUCAAACUAAUUUUGUCCCAGGGGCCGCAUUUGGCUGUAAACGAGGUCUGGCGGAGGUGGGCAAGGGCCUCGCAGUCCAAAUAAAAAUAGUCCUCUGUCUAUAUUUUGGGUAAUUGUUUAUGCUCUUUGUCUGGCUUUUGUUUGUGUUAUUUAUAAGUGAGCUGAACACAGUAAAAAAAAAAAAAAAGUUAAAAAAAAUAACAAUGUAGGUUGAUUAUCAUGUCCAAAGGUUUUAUUUGUUUUUAGUCAUUUUAAACUAUAGUUUGUUUCUCUCACAUGCCAUAUGUUUGACACCAGUGGUCUAACUAGCCUUGUGGACACCCUUUACGCUCUAUACCAGUCCUUCCUCUACUCGGGGUUACAAAGCAUGUGGCUUUGUACCCGGUCACUCUGAUCAAGUAUAAUUGUAUUACAAUCCAUCUCUGCAUUACAUUGAUUUUGUUUUGUCUACCUCAGAUUUGGCACAGACAUGUAUAAAUAGCACUAUGGUUAGCCUACAAUAUCAAAGGAUUUAUUUUUUUCCUCCUUCGCUGCUAAGUCCAAUCAAGUUCCCCAGUUUAGGAUGGAUUUCUGUAAGUGCUGUCACAAGGCCAACAGUCUUGAGGUCUAGGCUGGGUCAUAUUCUGGGUUCAGAGCCCCCACCUCAGAUAUUGUUGGUGAGCAACUCAACGUGCCAUAGAGGGGUAAUUCCCUGAGAAAGCCCAUUUAUUUCACCCCUACAGAUGAGCAGUGGUCCUGGAGGAGAACCAAGUUGAGCACAGGCUUUUACCCCCAGCGCAAACACUUGUUUGAUACCAACAGCCGAUCAAGACUUUCACUAGUUUGAACAGUGCUCGGCCUAUCGUAGGGUCUACCGUCUUGCUAUACGUCAUUAUUACUUACUAAUAUCCAGUUGUAAUUAUCUUUGUAAUUGUUUUUUAUUUUCAUAUGGAAUUAAAAGAGGAAAUAUGAGUAACACUUGUAGGAAACGUCAACACAUGCAAUGGGAAGAACAUCCUUAAUUGUCUGAUUGAUUUUAGGGAUUGGCACUACUACACUAAUUAUUCCAUGGCUUGUUUCAUGUGGAGGUCAGUUGUCGUCAUGCAUGAUGAAGCGAUUGGCUUUAUACUUUAUUCUUCCUCCACUUUUGGAGGAUAUCACGACCCGUUCCUACUUUGAAAUGUCUUUCCUCAUUUCCAUGUAAGCACAGAUCUAUAAGUGGCUGAAUGAGUAAAAUCUGUUAUCAACCUUAUCACUCAUAAAUCCAACCAAGUAAGAUCUUUAACUGGUGGAAGGUAUGAUGGAAGGUUGCAAUUCAAGAGUAUUGUGACAGGGCUCAUAAGUUGUGUGCGCACGCCUUAAGGUAUUGUUUGUCCGCCACUUUGUCACAGUUGGGAACCAUGUACUGACUGUCACUGACGGCCUGACCUGGCAGGAGAGCAUUGUAUGUCUGUAAUUAAAGAAGAAAAAAAUAAUGUGAUGUAUGUCCAGAUGAACCAUUAUCUAAUUUUCCAUAAUGACUAAGAGUAAAUAAAACUAAGUGUUUCUAUUUUC